AUGGACGCCCAUCGCGCCGUUGAGUCGCAGUCACAGUCGCACGCAGAACAUUCGUCAAGCGUGUCUGAGACGUAUCACUAUACCGAAUCAUCCUCCAACAGAGAGGAAUCGACCAACUAUACCAACAACUAUUCCAACGAUACCAAUGAUCUCCAAACUGGCACCACUGAGGAUGUCGACAACGCCACUGAAGCGCCCGUGGACCCCACGUCGACCGCAACUUCGACCAAUUCUUCCCAUGGCAGCAUUGAAGGUCGCUGGGGAGAAAAGCAGGCCGGCGAGCCCGUCUCCCGCCAUGGCGCCAUGGAGGAUCUGGAGGAAAUGCGCCGUGAAUUGACUCGAUUGAGCUUGCAUCGCACCCGUUCGACAACCGCAAAAAGCGUCGGCCGCCUCAAGUCCCGCGCCAGCCAGCGUCGUGAUGAAGAAAAGGCCAUAAAUGAGGCCUCUUCCGAUACCGAGAUCGAUAGUGCUUUUGAUCUCGGCGAGUUCUUGAUCGGCGGGCACUUGGAGCGCCGCACGACCGCGGGUGAGCCGGCGAAGAAGGUUGGCGUCGUCUUCAAGAAUCUGACCGUCAAGGGCAUCGAGACUGGCGCCUCAUUUGUACGUACGCUUCCGCAUGCCGUGGUUGGUACAUUCGGUCCGGACCUCUAUAACCUCGUCUGUCGAUUUGUGCCGCAGCUGCGCGUGGGCAAGAAGCCACCCAUCCGCGACCUGAUCCACGAUUUCAAUGGUGCUGUUCGCGAGGGUGAGAUGAUGCUGGUUCUGGGUCGUCCUGGUGCGGGAUGUACCACCUUCCUCAAGGCCAUUGCCAAUGACCGCGAUGCAUUUGCUGGUGUCGAAGGUGAGGUCAGCUAUGGUGGCCUAUCGGCCAAGGACCAGAACCGUCACUUCCGUGGUGAAGUCAACUAUAACCCGGAGGAUGACCAGCAUUUCCCGUCGCUCACCGUCUGGCAAACCCUGAAGUUCUCACUGACCAACAAGACCCGCAAGCAUGACCGCGACAGCAUCCCCAUUAUCAUCGAUGCCCUGCUGAAGAUGUUCGGUAUCAGCCACACCAAGAACACUCUCGUCGGUAACGAGUAUGUCCGUGGUGUGUCUGGUGGUGAGCGCAAGCGUGUCAGUAUCGCCGAGACUCUGGCCACCAAGUCGUCUGUCGUUUGCUGGGAUAACUCAACCCGAGGUCUGGAUGCCAGCACUGCCCUGGACUAUGCCAAGUCGUUGCGUAUUAUGACCGAUGUCAGCAAGCGCACCACUCUGGUGACUCUCUACCAGGCCGGUGAGAGUAUCUAUGAGCUCAUGGACAAGGUGAUGGUCAUCGAUGCUGGGCGGAUGUUGUACCAGGGCCCCGCAAACGAAGCGCGGAAGUACUUCAUCGACCUCGGCUUCGAUUGCCCCGAGCAAUCCACCACUGCUGACUUCCUCACUUCGUUGUGCGACCCCAACGCCCGCCAGUUCCAGCCUGGUCGCGAGGCCUCCACCCCGAAGACGGCCGAGGAAUUGGAGCAGGUCUUCCGAAACAGCGCGUCUUACAAGUACAUCUCGGAUGAUAUCUCCAGCUACGAGAAGCGUCUCGAGGAAACCGAGCAGGAGGAUACCCGCCGCUUCCAGAAGACCGUCGCGCAGUCCAAGAGUAAGACUGUCUCCAAGAAGUCUCCAUACACGGUUUCGCUGGUUCGCCAGGUCAUGGCUUGCGUGAAGCGUGAAUUCUGGCUGCUCUGGGGUGACAAGACUUCUCUUUACACCAAAUACUUCAUUAUCAUCUCCAACGGUCUGAUCGUCUCGUCUCUGUUCUAUGGUGAAUCGAUGGAUACCAGCGGCGCCUUCUCCCGAGGCGGUGCUCUCUUCUUCUCGAUUCUCUUCCUUGGCUGGCUGCAACUGACUGAGCUGAUGCCCGCCGUCACCGGCCGAGGCAUUGUGGCUCGACACAAGGAUUACGCUUUCUACCGCCCAUCUGCUGUCUCCAUUGCUCGUGUGGUGGUGGAUUUCCCGGCUAUUUUCUGCAUGGUUGUUCCGUUCACAAUUAUCGUUUACUUCAUGACUGGAUUGGAUGUCACGGCUUCCAAGUUCUUCAUCUACUUCCUCUUCGUGUACACGACGACUUUCUGUAUCACGUCACUCUAUCGAAUGUUUGCUGCUCUCUCGCCUACUAUUGAUGACGCUGUUCGGUUUGCUGGAAUUGCUCUGAACUUGCUGAUUCUCUUCGUUGGUUAUGUGAUUCCCAAGCAGACUCUGGUUCACGAUUCGAUCUGGUUUGGAUGGCUCUUCUAUGUGAAUCCCAUCUCGUACAGUUACGAGGCGGUGCUGUCAAACGAGUUCACUGGUCGUGUCAUGCAGUGUGCACCUUCUCAGCUGGUUCCUCAGGGCCCUGGUGUUGAUCCCAACUAUCAGGGCUGCGCCCUUACAGGUUCAUCGUUGGGAGAGAAAACUGUCGACGGAGCGCAGUAUCUGACGGCAAACUUCGAGUUCACUCGCAGUCACCUCUGGCGCAACUUUGGUGUUGUCAUUGCCUUCACUGUUCUCUACUUGCUGGUCACUAUCUGGGCCGCUGAGUUCCUCUCCUUCGUUGGUGGCGGCGGCGGUGCCCUCGUCUUCAAGAAGUCCAAGCGCACUAAGCAGAUUGCUACUCAAGCUGGAAAGUCGAAUGAUGAGGAGAAGGUCGCCAGUUCUAGCGAUAAUGCUGCCCUUGCCCGCGGCGAAGGCUCGUCUUCUUCUGAGAGCGGCGCUUUCAACCGACUGUCUUCGAGUGAGCGCUGCUUCACCUGGUGUAAUGUCGAAUACACUGUCCCCUAUGGCAAUGGAACUCGCAAGCUUCUCAACAACGUCAAUGGUUACGCCAAGCCCGGUGUCAUGAUUGCCCUGAUGGGUGCUUCUGGUGCUGGUAAGACGACCUUGCUGAACACUCUCGCUCAGCGUCAAAAAAUGGGUGUUGUCAAGGGCGACAUGCUCGUUGAUGGCCACCCUCUGGGCGCUGAUUUCCAGCGUGGAACCGGUUUUUGUGAGCAAAUGGAUCUGCACGACAAUACCUCGACUAUCCGUGAAGCCUUUGAAUUCUCUGCCAUUCUUCGUCAGGACCGUGAAACGCCUCGCCAAGAAAAGAUCGCCUACGUCGACCGGAUUAUCGACCUUCUGGAACUCGAGGAAAUCCAGGAUGCCAUCAUCGGUUCCCUCAACGUCGAGCAGAAGAAGCGAGUCACUAUCGGUGUUGAACUGGCAGCCAAGCCCAGCCUUCUGCUCUUCCUUGACGAGCCCACCAGUGGUCUUGACAGCCAGGCUGCUUUCUCCAUCGUCCGCUUCCUCAAGAAGCUGUCUCAGGCUGGCCAGGCCAUCGUCUGCACUAUUCACCAGCCCUCGUCUAUGCUUAUCCAACAAUUCGACAUGAUUCUGGCCCUCAACCCCGGCGGUAACACCUUCUACUUUGGUCCUGUCGGUAAGAAUGGCUCUGCCGUGAUUAAAUACUUCGCCGAUCGCGGUUUCGUCUGCCCCCCUUCAAAGAACGUCGCCGAGUUCAUUCUGGAAACCGCUGCCAAAGCAACUCAAAGCAAUGGCAAGUCAGUCGAUUGGAAUGAAGAAUGGCGCAACUCCGAUGAGAACCGCGAGAUGCUGGCUGAGAUUGAACGCAUCAAGACCGAGCGCAGCAAGUUGCCUGUGGAAGAAAGUGGUGGUUCCCAGCACGAAUUCGCAGCCCCUACGUUCACUCAGAUCGAGAUGCUCACCAAGCGCCUCUUCCUAAACUACUGGCGUGAUCCUUCUUACUACUACGGAAAACUCUUCGUCAGCGUCAUCAUCGGCAUUUUCAACGGCUUCACCUUCUACAUGCUUCCCAACACCGUGGCCAGUAUGCAAGACCGUAUGUUCUCGGUCUUCGUCAUUAUCCUGAUCCCACCCAUCAUCAUGAACUCGGUUGUCCCCAAGUUCUACAUCAACCGUGCCCUCUGGGAAGCCCGUGAAUACCCAUCCCGUAUCUAUGGUUGGGUCGCCUUUUGUACUGCCAACGUUGUCUGCGAGAUCCCUGCUGCUAUCGUCACCAGCCUCGUAUACUGGCUGCUCUGGUACUACCCCGUUGGAUUGCCCACCGACUCCUCGACUGCCGGCUACGUCUUCCUCAUGUCGAUGCUUUUCUUCCUCUUCCAGGCUUCCUGGGGUCAGUGGAUUUGCGCCUUCGCUCCCUCUUUCACUGUCAUCUCGAACGUUCUUCCCUUCUUCUUCGUCAUGGUCAAUUUGUUCAACGGUAUCGUCCGUCCUUACGCGGACUACCCCGUAUUCUGGAAGUACUGGAUGUACUACGUCAAUCCAGUUACCUGGUGGUUGCGCGGUGUUCUUUCUUCCGUCCUGCCUCCCGUGGAUAUUGAGUGCGCUUCUCAAGAGGCGACUCACUUCAACCCGCCCCCUGGAUCGACCUGUGCUGUUUAUGCCGGCAACUUCGUGAACAAUAUUGCCCAGGUUGGCAGACUGGUCAACCCCGAGGCCACACAGGACUGCCAGUACUGUCCCUACAAGAAUGGUUCCGAGUACAUGGCCAAUCUAAACGUUCAUGCCGGUGAUAAAUGGCGAUGCUUCGGUAUCUUCUUGGCCUUUGUCAUCAUCAACUGGAUGCUUGUCUACUUCUUCAUCUACACCGUUCGUGUUCGCGGCUGGAGCUUUGGUCUCGGAUAUGUGUUUGGUGUCUUUGGCAUGGCUAUUGAUGGUGUCAAGGGUCUCUUCAAGGGCAAGAACAAGGAGUCUCAACAGUAA